AUGGUCAACCCGCUGAGCAGUCUCCACCGCAGAAACAAAUACGGGGAGACGCUCCUUCACGUUGCAGCCAUGAAAGGAGACACCCAGGGAGUCAGAGACAUGUUGUCAAAGGGCCCAAAUGUUAACAUUGCUGACAAUGCAGGUUGGACUGCUCUUCACGAGGCUGUGUCCAACGGUCACUAUGAGAUUACUAAGGACCUGAUCAAGGCAGGAGCUCUGAUAGCAGAGCUACUGCUGAAGCACGGUGCCAACCCUCUGCUUCCAAACAAAAACGGACAGACAUCCUAUAGCAACACUUCAGACGCCUCCCUGAUCAAACUCAUGGAGAGGAACAUCCCAAAGAACAAGAGAAAGCUUCAACCAGAGGACAUGAAGACUUGCUCCAAGUCAGCCAGUCCCAAAGCACAGGAGGACCAGGGAGGAAACUCAGAAGGGACAUUUUCUGCAUGUAGCGGUACUCAGUGUAAGCUAGACAAUGCUCUCUUGUCCACCAAAGACUCGGAGGACCUGGGUAGCGUGUCUCUACUUGCACCUCGUCCCUCCACAACAACAGCUAGCCAUUUGCAUGUCCAGGAAAGAGCACCGGUUGUGGACAUAAGAGAGAAACAGAUGCAAGCAGUUGUGGCGCCAUCAGCGAUAGAUGAGUGUGAUCUUUCCUCUCCCAACACCUCCUCUCCAUCCCUACUAACGGUGGAGGAGCUUCACUGCCCGAUGGAGAUGUCCAAGUUUACAAACACCAAUUUUGAUUCAAUACUUAUGCAGGCCUCAAGUCAAGUCACCAAAGAUUCUCCUGUUGUAUUAGAUGGGGUUUUCAAAGCCAACCUCCAUAGAAACACUGGUCUCCAUCUCCCACUGGUUAGAGACAGUCUGGACAAAGAGACCAUGGCUGGUAGAGACAAAGAAAGUUGCGAUAUUGGUGGCGGACAAAGUAAGCGAGACUCAUUCACGUACAACGACACGAGAGGUCUAGAAACUUCUACCACAGACACAACUUGGUUUUCCUGCGAGAAAGACAACUUUCACAGCUUGCCUGAUUCAGACUGCACCACUGUUUCAGAGCUGGACCUCACAGAAGUGACCAACGAUCUUGGACAUAUUAAGAAGAGAAAAGAAGUUGUGGAGAAAUCUCAAGCUUCUCCAGAUUCAGAACUGUCAAUUGGCUCUAUUGUAGUUCAAAUGAAAGGAAGAGAGAACCAAACCCCAGGGAUUGAACACGAGGAUGUGGGAAAGAGCUGCACCACAGAUGAUUGUGAGAAGAAUAGUGUUGGAUCUACAACUCCCAAAAUUGAUGACUCCACUAGCCUGUUAGGUGGUAUAGAGCAAUGCAAAGCUGUAAAGGGCCUGAAGGAAGAUGAACCAGAGAUAAGCACAAUGCAAAUCAGUGUGGACAUCACCAUAGAUACCUGCCCCAGCAGGUCUAGCCAACACAGGUUGAAAGCCAAGGGUAGUAAACCCAAACCUGGCAAGAGGAAGGCCAAGCUGUUGAAACCAAACCUCAAAACAAACCCUUGGGCGUCACAAAGAAAACACACCCACAGCUGUUUCACAACUGGCAGCACUGAUACCUUGUCUAGUUCAGGUCUCAUGUCUGGCACAGCGAUUCCCUUGAGAAAUCUCCACAGGAGAAACAGCCUGGGAGAGACCCACCUUCACCUAGCCUGCAAGAAAGGAGACCUGUCUCUGGUGAAAGGCCUUGUUGAAGCAGGUUUAAGUGUGAACCAGACAGAUAAUGCAGGCUGGACCGCGUUACACGAGGCCAGUGCUGCAGGCUUUGAGGCUGUGGUUCUGGAGUUACUACGGGCCGGGGCUGAUGUCACCUGCAGGGGAUUGGAGGGCAUAACACCUCUUCAUGAUGCAGUUGCUUCCGGACAAUAUGAGGUAGUGAAGCUUCUUCUCCAAUAUGGUUCAAACCCCCAAGAGAGGAAUGCUGUGGGCCAGAACGCUGUGGACAUUGCCAGCCGCGACAACAUGAAACAACUCCUCUCUACAUUCCAGGGCCCGUUUGUCCUACAUGAGCAGCUUAGUGAAGCACCUAAACAAGGAUGUGCCGUGCCAUCUGAGCUCUGUGUUGCCUCUGAGCCUGCGUUGGGCUCUGAGGGUCACAACAGGAAAAAGCCAGCUGGCCACAAUGAUCUGGGACUGAGUGACUGGGCCAGACACACAUCCAGGAGCAGAGACAGACAAUCAGCCAGACACCCAGGUGUCCCAGACAAAGACAUGGGUGACCAGGAGUCAGGGCGCAGAGACAAAGCCGGGGAGCCCGUUGACCUUCAGUCCAGUCAGAAAGACUGCACCUCUGUGAUACAAAAUAAUGCUGAAGCCAUCACUAAAGCCCUGGAGGGUGCAGAGAGACAGCUAGAGGAAUUGUCCAAGUGGAGUUUGAAUGAGUCAGAGAAUGCAGUCAAAUUAAGAGAGGCACUCUCAGAGAUUCAAAGUGUUCUAAAUGAUGUACUUGCCAAACAGCAAGCAGAAAAAGAUGACCUCACCAGGAAGUACAGGAUAGCGUCAGAUUUGUUCAGGCAAGGCGUGCUGCGUGGUCAGCUGACCUCAUUGGCAUCUCGUCAGAAGAAACUGCUGGCUAUCCUCCAGAAGCACAGCGACUUUAAGCUUCAUCUCCACACAAAGAGAGGCCAAGCUCAGCCUCAGCAACCUAGUACAGAGCACUCGCAGACACGUGGACACCAGGACUCCCCUUCCCUGACCAAAUCUACCAGCCCUGCUCCCUCAGAUAGGAGUCUUGCAGGAAAUGAAGGGAAUCCUGCUUCCAACCUAUCCAGUUUUAUUGGUAUUCAUGAAAACCGUAAUAACAUGGAAGAUAUUGGCCAGACAGCUCAGGUAGCGCCACCACAGAUACAACCACCGACACGACCCACUACUGCAGUAAUGUUACCUUGGACCGCCACACAGAAGCCCAACAUCUCCAAGGCAAUAUUGACCCCUGAAAUGGUGACCACAAUGGUUAAUGUGGUUCCUCCUCAAAUUGUACCCCCUCUGUCCAUUCCCGUGACAACCAACCUUCAGACUGCCUCCGGACAUGUCCUGGUAUCGAUGCCUAACGCUCCUCCGACUGCCCGUUCUCAAGAUCCACCCACCGCCAUUCCAAUGAGUAAAACAGACAUUCCGACACAACACUGUGAUAAUAACAAUGAGAGUUUCGUCAUCUUUCCAUCCCAUUCAGAAAAGAGAAACCAUCUACCACCACAAGUGAACAAAUCUAAUAUUGUACUAUGCAUGACAGAAACGAGGAUGGCUGUUGAGGGAGAGGAGAACAGGAAGUUGAUCAGCCUGAUCCAGAGAGGUAUCAUCACACCAGGAGAAGAUCCUCUACAGCUGAUGUGGAAGGUGGGGCCAGCCUAGGGGUCAAUGCCAAGUCAAAUCAUUGACAUUACAAUUUUGGGAUGUGAA